AUGGGCAAACUCGAGAAAUUCGGUCGGAGUCUACUCAAAAAGUUCGGCGGAAAAAAUGGAAGAAGUUCGUCACGGAGAAGAAGAGAAGAAGAAGCGACGUCUACCGCAACGUCGUCAGAUGAGGAGCUUACAGUAACCCGAGGCGAUGGAUUUGUGCACAAAUUUCAAGUGGUGCCUCCAGACGACGAUCUUCAGAUGACGUCAGAUCUUCCGACGUCAUCAGAAGAAAUGCGAAUGGGAUCUCCAGCGGCUAGUGAUGAAGGAUCCGCUGGGUAUGCUACAGAUGACACUGCACUGAGUUCUUUAGGACCACUGGAUAUCAAAAGGGUGUCCGUAGAUUAUUCAGAAUCCCAGGGAUACUAUUCCAACGCUGAAUUGUCUCCGAUUCCUAGAAUUGAGGUUACGUUACCUGAUUCGGAGAAGGUGUCACCAAGGUCUCCGGUUCCCAGAAGUCAGCUAGAGGAGUCAUCUCUUCCUAAAGUUCCAAAGAUCCUAGGUGUUACUGUACCCCUAGCAGAGCGGAUCCUAGCGGAGCAAGAGAAUCAUCAACCAAGCCACGUGGAGGUUCGCACCCCUCUGUACCACAAGAAAAGCCAGGAGUUCCCUCGAAUCGAUGUUCGGAACCGAAUGAAGAAGCAUGACCCCAUCUACAAGAGCUCUUCCCAAUUGCUCAGCUCAAAAACAACGGAAGAUUCUGGAAAAUUCGAAAGAUCUGCCACGUUAUCCAACUUGACAGCUUCCGAGGAAGAGGAUCCGAUUGAUCGAUUCAUGAAAUCACACAUUUAUAAGACCAAGAUGAUAACGACGGUUUUUGAAGCAAAGGAUAGAGGUUUUGAGGAAAUCUCUCUGGAUGUAAUGCACGAAAUCGAUCGUUGGUUUGAGGGAAAGAACAUGAUGGCUGUGGCAUGUGAGCUCCAUUGGUCAGUGCCACGUGGCAAAUGGAGUCGUCAGCUGGAAUGUCAGUUGAAGGAAAAGCUACUCCAGGCAUUGAGAGAAAACAACAAGAGGCUACUGUACCUACGUGGAAUGGGAACCGGAAAAACGCCGGUGAAGCUGGCUGAAUCAAAGACUGUCGAGAAUAUUUCAAGGGAUAGGAAUACGGAUUCCGUGAGAGGAAUCUACCAACGCAGUUACACACGUCUCCUAACGUAUCUCCACAAAGAAACACCCGAAUGGCACUCGCAAUAUUGGACCCUUCAAGAUCUUCAGAAUUCAGAUGACGUCACGACGUCUUCUGAAUUCCAUCCAAUUCAACCGGAACCUCAGAAAUUCCUAUUCGAUUCUGAACCAGCUGAUCUCCUCAUCACCGCCUCGAACUCAGAAGAUGAACGUGUGACGUCAUCGACGAUUCUGAAGAUCCACGUGGAGAAUUUGAAUGAUAAUGAACCGAGAUUUUUGGAGAAUGGUCUCCCUGUAUUCCGAAUUCUUCGAAACACCACAAAACCCACUGCAAUUGGCCGUCUAACUGCCCAAGAUCCCGAUUCCGACCCCAUCUUCUACCAUUUGCUUCCAAAUUGUGGAUCAACUGAAAUCUCCAAAAUUUUCUCAAUUGAUUCUGAAUUCGGUGAAAUCUCCUAUCACCCAAAGACUACUGUAGAUUCUGGGAAAUUUGAAAUUUGCUUCGUCGCCACAUCCCAAAACGAUCUGGACACUUCUGAAGUGUUUUUCGAUGGAAAUAAGCCAAAUUUCCGGAAAGUUUUGGUGGAUUUUGUGGAUUCUGAAAUUCCAGAAAACUCUGGAAAGCUUUCUGGUCUUUCUGGAAACAUGACAAUUUCAAAGGUUGGAGAGAUUUUGGACAAAAUUGAAAUUCCAAUUUUGAUGAAUUCGGUUGGAACCUCUGGAGAAUUUGAUCUGAAGAAUUUGAAUUUUGCGCCAGCCAAUUACGAGCUCGGAAGAGAUAUGAUCUCACCUGAAAGAGCUGUAGAGCUGAACAAGAAAACUGGAGAAUUAGUGGCGAAUGGAAGAAUUGUGGAUACUCCUCAAGGGGUCUACACAGCUGAAAUUGGAAAAGGAGGAAGUGUGGCCUUGAAGCAGCUCCAUCACAUUCGAAACGACAGAAAACUUCGUUACGUCCUCUCAAUGUCCCGAAAUGAGUUUGGCGCGAAUCUCGAGAAAUUCAAAAGACAAAUCCUGGAAGCAAUCGAAAAAGACGAUCAGAAAGCUGGAAAACAAUUGGACAUUCAUUUCGAUGAGCCCAAAAUGGAUAGGAAGAAUUCCACGUGGACCUCUGUGUGCUUCUAUUUGACUCGUGAGAAUGCAAUUCUUGACGAUAAACAAAUCACGGCGCUCAUCUCCCCUUCAAAUGGUCAUAUCUCAAAACUCCACCAUAUUUUCAAAGUCCAGAAUGUUGAUGCUUGCUCUCCAAGAGCUUCCACAACGUCUUCUGAAUCCACAGCACCAAUAGAUGUUCCAUUGAAUACAGUAAUCUUAAUUGGAGUCGUUGGAUUAUUGAUUAUCGCGCUAAUUGGACUACUAAUCUUUGUUUGCUGUGUCUCUAAGUAUCAGAGAUACUUAAAACAGAAAACCGAGAGGAUGAGAAGCUCAUCGAGCGCUGGAAGUUAUUAUAAAUCGCCAAAUUUGAUUCCACCACCACCACCAGGAUACAUACAUACCCCUCCUCUUCUUCCACCACCACCUCCACCACAAGCCAUUGCAUACUACUAA